AUGCACAGGACCGGGCUGAGGUGUGCGAGGGCCCUCCCUCCUGAUGCAGGGUCGGACACCGGCCCCAACCCCGGCUGGCAGACCUUCUGGACCACCCUGGACGUCACAGCAUGGCUGGGCACCGUGGGGUCCGCCCUGGCCUUCAUCAUCACGGGGGAGAUGAUGCUGACAGCUGCGCCGGUCCUGCUCCCCAUCCUGGCCCUUUACGCCAGUCGGCAGCGGGAGAGGCUGGCAAUCCAAGCCACACAGGCCAGCACGGCGGCGGCGCUGGUCUCCGUCCUGCGGGAGCAGGCGGAGAGGACGGCGCAGGACAACGCCGCGCUCGCCGCCGAGAUGCGGGGUAGCGGGUCUGGGGUGCAGGCGGCCCUCAAACUGGUGGAGGCCAAAUUGAGCACCAUCGAAGCCUCCGUCCUGAGCACCGGGAAGCUGGGCGCGCGUCUGUCCCGCCAGCUGGAAGGGCUGGCGGGGGAGGUGGGCCGACUGCGGGGCGCCGGCUCCUCGGCCGCAGCGGAGGACGUGGCGGGGCUGCAAUCCGCCCUGCGCUCCCUGGAGGCGCGGCUGCAGGAGACCCAGUCGUCCGGCCAGGAGCAGCUUUCUUCCGAGAUCGCCGGGCUCCUGGCCGCCAAGCAGCAGGAGAUGCAGUGGUUCUUCACCGACAAGCUGUGGAAGGAGGCCGACCAGCUCAAGGCGCUACUGGCGAGCCAGGCGGCGACUGGCGUGCGCGGCGCCUCGGCUGCUCCUGGCGCCGACACCGCGGGCCUGCUGGACGCGCUGGGCGCGGAGGUGCGGGAAGCCCUGCGGCAGGUGCGGCAGGAGGAAGCGCAGCAGGACGAGACAGCCCACGAUGCCACGCAGACCAGCAGCGGCAAGAGGAGCGGCGGUGGGGUGGCCGCUGCUCGGGCGCCGGAUCGCGAUCCAGAAGCCUCCCGUUUUGAACCCCUGAAGACUGAUGCCCCAGUGGCCGCUUCCACUGGGAAGAGCCCCAGCCUGAUCAAGGCCACCUACGACCUCGGCCUGCAGCGCCUCAAGGCCGGCCGCAUCCUGGCCUCCACGCCAGGUGCCGACCUGGGACUCGCUGACUCAGCGUUCUGGGAGGCUGCAGCUGCCUUCCAGGAGGUGCUGCAGGACGCGCCGGGGGACCUCAGGGCCACAGGGAACCUGGGCAACGUGCUGCAGGCCCACGGCAGGCUGAAGAUGCAGAUAUGGCGCAGUGUGUCGCGCACACGAGCGGCCGGGGGCGCCCCCGGCGAGGCGGACCGCGGCGCCGUGCUGGCGGAGGCCGCCGCCCGCCUGGCCGCCGAGGCCGGGGACAUGCUGGUGCUGGCGGGGCGACGAUACCGCGAGGUACUGCAGGCAGACCCCGGCGACGCGCGCGCAUUUCUCAAUUGGGGGCGCUGCAUCUGCCUGCGGGGGGAGCUGGCGAGGGAGGCGGGGGGGAGCCUGGAGGAGGCAGCAGCCCUGUUUCAGAAUGCCGCCGACAAGUUUGACGCCGCGCUGGACGCCGAGGGCCAGACCGCCGUCGUGCUGCAGCAUGCCGGCGCGGCGCUGACCGACGCGGCCGACGCCCUGCUGACCCUGGACCGGGCGCAGGCGCGCGCUCUGGCCCAGGACGCGCUGCCGUACCUGCGGCAGGCCCUCGCGCUCGACCCCAGAAACGUCGACGCCCAGGGCAGGUUGACCCAGGUGCGAGCCAUCCUGGACUCCACCUAG